CCCAGCCCGCCCCCGGCCCGGGAUGCGAAUUCGGUGCCGCCGAGCGGCGGGAGAUGCUGACGGUUCGCGAGCCGGAGCGGCUGCAGCUGGCGCCGCGUCUGCCCCGCGUGUCCGGAGCGGAUCCUGCCCGCCGCCCCCGGAGCCCUCGGCGCCCCGCUGAAGCCGCGGCCGCCGCCUCCCCGUGAUCUCCCGGCGCUGCAGCUCAGAGCCUGGCAAUGCCGUUUGGGUGUGUGACUCUGGGCGACAAGAAGAACUAUAACCAGCCGUCGGAGGUGACGGACAGAUAUGAUCUGGGACAGGUCAUCAAAACGGAGGAGUUCUGCGAGAUCUUCCGGGCCAAGGACAAGACCACGGGCAAGCUGCACACCUGCAAGAAGUUCCAGAAGCGGGACGGCCGCAAGGUGCGGAAGGCGGCCAAGAACGAGAUCGGCAUCCUCAAGAUGGUGAAACACCCCAACAUCUUGCAGCUGGUGGAUGUGUUUGUGACCCGCAAGGAGUACUUCAUCUUCCUGGAGCUGGCCACGGGGAGGGAGGUGUUUGACUGGAUCCUGGACCAGGGCUACUACUCGGAACGAGACACGAGCAACGUGGUGCGGCAGGUCCUGGAGGCCGUGGCCUACCUGCACUCGCUCAAGAUUGUGCACAGGAACCUCAAGCUGGAGAACCUGGUGUAUUACAACAGGCUGAAGAACUCCAAGAUUGUCAUCAGCGACUUCCACCUGGCUAAGCUGGAGAACGGCCUCAUUAAGGAGCCCUGCGGGACCCCUGAGUACCUGGCCCCAGAGGUGGUAGGCCGGCAGCGGUAUGGACGCCCCGUGGACUGCUGGGCCAUUGGAGUCAUCAUGUACAUCCUGCUUUCAGGGAACCCGCCUUUCUACGAGGAGGUGGAGGAGGACGACUACGAGAACCACGACAAGAAUCUCUUCCGCAAGAUCCUGGCUGGCGACUAUGAGUUUGACUCUCCGUACUGGGACGACAUCUCGCAGGCGGCCAAAGACCUGGUCACCAGGCUGAUGGAGGUGGAGCAGGACCAGCGCAUCACCGCGGAAGAGGCCAUCUCCCACGAGUGGAUUUCUGGCAACGCCGCUUCCGAUAAGAACAUCAAGGAUGGUGUCUGUGCCCAGAUUGAGAAGAACUUUGCCAGGGCCAAGUGGAAGAAAGCUGUCCGAGUGACCACGCUUAUGAAGCGGCUGCGGGCGCCAGAGCAGUCCAGCGCCGCGGCCGCCCAGUCGGCUCCAGCCACAGACACUGCCGCGCCUGGGGCUGCAGGUGGGGCUGCCCCGGCCCUUGGGGGCAGUGCCACCUCAGCCACAGCAGGUGACGCUGCAAAGAGUGAUAGUGCAGUCCCUGCAGACCGCAGUGCCACCCCAGCCACCGAUGGGAGCAUCACCCCAGCCACCGAUGGGAGCAUCACCCCAGCCACUGAUGGGAGCGUCACCCCAGCCACUGAUGGGAGCGUCACCCCAGCCACUGACAGGAGUGCCACGCCAGCCACGGAUGGGAGAGCCACGCCAGCCACGGAUGGGAGAGCCACGCCAGCUACGGAAGAGAGCACUGUGCCCACCAGCCAAAGCAGUGCCACCCCUGAGCCAGCUUCGGCCCAGCCGGACAGCACAGCCUCAGGGGGCGCAGCAGGCCAGGCUCCGCCCUCUAGCGAAGGGGAAGAGGCUGCUGGCUCUGCCGAGUCCCGGAGGGAGGAGACCAGCUGAGUGGGCAGGCUAGUGGGGGGCAGGGACGGGCAGGAGGGUGGGAGAGUGGAUGAGGGGCUUUUCACUGUACAUAGAGUCACUGGCAUGAUGCCCUCGCACCCCUCCCCAGCCCCUGCCUCUCACUGUGGGGCAUGUCUGGGGGCCACGGGGGAGCAGUCUCGUCUCCCGUGUGUAUGUGUGAGUGGGGAGCAAGCCAGAGGCAGGACCGGCCCCAGCCCCUGCAUGGAUUCCUGUGGCUUUUGUCUUUCGCUAGCUUCACCAGUUUUGUUCCUGUGGGAUGCUGCUCUAGGGAUACUCAGGAGGUCCCUGCGCCUCUUCCCUUCUGCCUCAAACCCCCCCACCCCCAGGCAGGCCCUGCAGUCCCAUUCCCUCCUAGGCCCUAAACUUGGGUGGCCUUGCCCUGAGAGCUGGUCCUCCAGCGAGGCCCUGUCAGCGGUCUUAGGCUUCUACACACGGAGGUAUGUGCCUGUGGUACUGGGCGACUCUAGGAGUGGACACAGGCCGGUCCAGGGAAUGCAGAAAUCUAGAGCAGUAUGCUUUAGGACAAGACUGGGCGUGUGGCUGGGGGCACUGCUCGGUAGCUGGGUGGGUCCUCAGAAGUGAAAAGGAGUGAGGAGGGUAGAAGCUUCCAUCUUUGUCCCUGGGAAGCCCCUCCCGACACCCUCCCUGCCCCUGGGUCCUGCAGUGGGUUGCGUGCCCUGAGCCCAGGAGCCUGAGUGGGGAAGGAGCAGCUAGGAUGUGGCGAUGAGAACCGGGAGGACAGCGCAGGCCCAGCACCAGUACACCAGCCUAGCUGGGUCCUUGCCACGAGCCAGACGGGAAGGGCUGAUAUCCCUGGCUCUUCCCAGACGGCCACCCUCUGGAUCAGUUGACGGUCCUCUCCAUCCCGGGGGCCUGCAGCAUGGCAGUGUCCCACUUCAACCACGAAAAAGAGAGGAGUCCCCCGAUGUCUGACCCGCGCCCCCUCCUGUGGGGGCUGAGAGAGGCCCAGGUGCCUCUGAGUCGUGCCGAGUUCCUUUGCCGGGAUGAGGAGGUGGGACAAGGCUCCCCAGUUUCCUGAUGGAGGCUCCUGGUAGGUGCACUUGUCAGACCCCACCACGGCCUGGGCAGGCAGCCGCACUGGUCCCGGCCCGCUCGGCACUCUGGUGGCGGCCCUGCCCUUCUCCCUGCAUGCCUGUGGGUCUGCUCUGGUGUAUGAAGAUCAGUGGGCGAACUGUGCCUGCUGAACCUGGCAAAUAAAUGUCACCCUGCCAACGCCUCUGGCCAC